UGCGCGAAACUGGAUGCGCGGUGGUUACCGUAAUGGUGCGCGAUGCGCGAGGCAGACGUAGCGGUUGUUCGAACAGUAGUCAAGUAUAGUUGUCGUUGAUACGUUGGGACGCGGUUAGUUUGUUGUUGACGUGGUUUGUUUCUGUAACGCCUACGGUUGUGCAAAUGAAAACGCGUAAUGCCAGUAGCCGGCAUUAGAAUAGUGAUAGAUACGUAGAUCGGUUUCUCGAUAGGAGGAACAACAGAUGAAUUAUCGUAACCGUACGCUGUAACCGAAUCGAACAAAAUGUGGAGUCCGACGCACGUUCAAGUGACAGUUCAAAGAGCGAAGAACUUAUUAACCAAAGGAAAACACAAGACCAACGAUUGUUUCGUGACGAUCGCGCUUGGCAAGGAAAAAUACCAAACGUCUGUGAAGGAGAAAGCGUCGAAGGAUGUGGAAUGGCACGAAGAAUGCGAGCUACUCAUACCGGAACAAGGGAACACCGCAGAGAUUAUCCUUACGGCCCUUCAUCGCAACUUCUUGGGUGUCGACGAAUUCCUCGGCACUAUCAGCAUACCUCUCUCCAGUUUCGAUGUUUACGAGAGACCAAAGAAUAGAUGGUACACUCUUGGGAGUAAACCAGGCAAGGAAAAUACGAAAGAGAGAGGAGAACUUGAAGUGAAGAUAGGUUUCAUCGUGAAAGCUGGUAGUUUGACCGAUUUGAGCCACAAAGAACGUCACAAAAGUUCCCUUGGACAGUUAUCCACGGCUGCCCAUUCGAUCGGUGGAAGUUUACUCAGUAUAGGCAGCUUCGAGAAGCGUAAAGGUUUAAAAAAAUUAGCCAAAUCGAUCGGGAAUCGCGUGAAAGGAAAGAGCAAGCAUAAUUUGGACAAAGGAGAUGACCUGAACGAAAAAGACGAGCGCAAGUUCCGCACCACGAGACAAGAACCCGGAGAAGCUGACCCUGGUGUUAUUAGCGAGGACGAGGACGAAUUUACGUUUGACGAUUUGUCGCACAAGAGCUCGGCAUCGUCUUUAAAUGCUCCGGUUGUCGCCAACAGUAACAGUGUAGCUUCGAUCGCUUCGAGUAACUCCUCCAGUAACAAUUUCGAGGCACAUCAUGUACCACCAGCGCCAACGAACGCAGCACCCAACAAACCACCACGAUUCUCUAUGAGCGCUUCCACUACCUCCUUAUCCAAAGUGGACAAUAUCAAAGAAGAUGAAUGGGGUUUGAAGCUUUAUGGCAAACAAGUUAAUAAUAAUGUUAAAAGAUGGGAUAGCAAAGCAAGUCCAAAAAUUGUGAUAGACGAACCAAAGGAUGAAUAUCGCGAAUCGUCGCCCAUAAAUUCACCUUCUUCGACUUUGAAACGUCAAGAACUUCCAGAGAUUCCGAGCCCUGCACCGCGUGAGGUACUGCUAACAAAGAACAAACUUGAAGAUAAGUUCGCAUCGACUAAAGAGAAGAACGUAAAAGAAGAGAAACUCAAAGAAAAGAAAGAAGAUAAGUACAGUUGUUGGAGUCCUAAAGAUGAAAAGCAAUCGAGAAAAGACAAGAAGAAAGAAAAAGAGAAUAAAUUUAAAGACUUUAAUGACGAUAAUAAUUUGUCCGGGGAGAGAAUUAUCAUCGGAGGUGAAGACGCGAUUAAAACUACAGCAUCGGUGAAAAGCCACUUACCGCAUGAAAUUCUCGCACAAUUCGAAGGGAAAUCGAGAGAGGAUCUCAUCGAAUUGACGCUACAGCUGCAGGCGGAAGUAACAGAUAAGAAGAAACGUCUAAACGACUUGGAAGAUUAUAUAGAUGCGCUACUACUACGAGUAAUUGAAUGCUCGCCACGCUUACUGCAAAACCCAUAUCAAUCACAGAGACGUUUGUCAUCACCUGGUCAUCAGUAGAUAAUUAAACAAUCUUCCGUUUUGGUAUUUUCAAAUGUUGAUGUUGAGAUUAAUUAUGUGUUCGAAAUAAUUGGUGAUAAUUGCAUACUGCUCGUUUAACCUAUUUCGACCAUUUCAUACAUUUAACUGCAGCUACUUUGUAGUUCGCGGGCUUUAAUUUAUUUUCAACUAACAUUUAUAAUUUUUAAUUUGCACGUACUUCGCAAUGACAUCGCUUCUUAAAAUGUAUAAACAUUUGUUGAAUUUUUAAUGUUUUUUAUCGUUUCAACAAAAAAUGUUUUAUUAAAGUUUAUGUAUAUUAUAUAUAUUUACACAUAUGUAUAGUAUGUUUUAGAGCGCGGCGAAAAAGAGCGGUGUUUGUGCCAACCGUUGUAAAAUGAGAACGAAAAAUAACAAAUACCCCUAGUCUUCCCAACAAAAAUGAUUGAUCCAAAAAUGUUAUUUCCGUCCAAAGUACGAUCCCAACAAGUAUGAUUAAAAUAUUUGUAUUUUUGAAUAUUUACAAGAGUAUUUCUUCGUACAAUAUGUAUCAUAUUUUCACAAAUAUAUUUAAAAUAAACAUUAAA